GUCGCAGGCACCAGUGAGGCCGGAAUUGGAGUUGGGGGUAGUCAUGGGGUGGUGGGCCUGGACGGCAUAUAAAUCCAGCAGCGCGUCCGGACUCUGAACCAUCCGAGCUGGUCUUCUGCAUGCGCACCAGGCGGGGUCGUUGUGGAGAGGUGACGGACAGCACCGGAUCAGAGAGUGCAUCCUGCUAAUCCAAGUCCCACCUUGUGCGUCCGACUCCUGGGUGGACGUUUCGGGACGACAACGAGUUCUGGCACGAUGAAAGUGGCCGGCGUCUUAGUGCUGGUUCUGGCGUGCUUGGUCCCGGCUUGGGUGCACGCGCAAUACGAUCCUGCGGUGAACUGCGCAGAGUUCGAUGCCAAGCUAAACGGUGAGUGCCCCUUGAACGAAGGGAGCAUGUGCAAGGUAAGUCCAAGUCCACAAAGCAGGGGGGGAUACGUGACAGAAAAUUGCGGGAAUUGCCAGAAAUCGUCUGGCUUGGUAAGGUGUACAAACGGUUUCACAUUCAAGUUCACAAGACAGGAUCAGGUCGAAGUGACGUACAGCGCUCAGCUGGUUACGAAGGUGUACCAGGCGGUCGUGAAGUUCGCACGGACGGCAUGCCGCACUAAAUCAAAGCCGGUCACGGCGAAUCCGUUCCGACUCACAACCACACCCGCAAACAACAUGACAACGAACAAUGCGGACAUAAGCUACGUCCAGGUGUGCUACAACCCCGUCGACUGUGGUUACAACAACUACAUGUGCGGCGACCCCAAGAUCUUGGGAGGCGACGGCGUGAUGUUCUACUUCCACGGCUACAAGGACGCAGACUUCUGCCUCGUGUCCGACAGCGACCUGCACAUCAACGCCCACUUCAUCGGCAUGCGGCCCGAGGGCCGCACCCGCGACUUCACGUGGGUGCAGGGUCUGGGCUUCGUGUAUGGCCCGCACUCCCUCACCGUGGGCGUGAAGAAGGUGGCCAAGUGGGACGCCACCGUCGACCAGCUGGAGUUCACGUACAACGGAAGGGCGUUCGAGCUGGAGGGGUCCUCGUGGAGGUCUGACCCCGACGAGACGAUGACGAUCAACCGCGUGGGCUCGAGGAACGCCGUGGACGUGGUGGUGAAGGACAAGAUGGGAGUGGUGCUGACGGCGCUGCCCAUCGGGCACGAGGAGAACCGAGUGCAUAAGUACGGCAUCGGCGAGGACGACUGCUUCGCGCACUUCAACAUGCAGUUCAGGUUCUUCAGCUUGUCCUCCAAAGUGAACGGCGUGCUGGGCCAGACCUACCAGCCCGGGUUUGUGAACCCCGUGAAGAGGGGCGUUGCCAUGCCGAUCAUGGGCGGAGCCGACCGCUUCAUCACGUCUUCCCUCUUGGCGACGGACUGCAAGGUGAGCCAGUACACGGCGACGGCCGUGGCACUCCGGGACAAGUCGACGCUGCCCAACCUGACUUCGUGCGGAAGCAGCGCCUCGGGCGCGCUGACGUGCCGCAGGUGAUUGGGAAUGCGGAGGACGCAGUAGGAGCUGCGCAGCGCCCGAGUGUGCGGUCGGCGCUCGGGAGGAUGACUCCCGGUGGGCAGGCGGUUCCGACGAGUGGAGGACCGGGCGGUCCACGGUCCAGUCGGUGGCGUUGGGGCUUUAGUGCAGGAUAGCGAUAGUAGACUCGUUUGCGUCACGUGUUGGACGCGCAAUUCGAUGCUCCGAUGGCGCAUGAGCCUCGGGAUGCUGAUAAAACUCAGUCGAUGUUUCUGGGAAGACAUGCGGCUGCUGUGGUUUGUACUUUGGGACUCGGCUCCGGUCGACAUGCAUGAAUCCAAAUUCGAAACCAAAUGUAGGUGUGCAGUGUACGGGCGCUGGUGAAGUGAUUGGAAAUGAUUGCAUGUGAGGGAGAUGAUCGCAUGGUUGAUGCUGUAAUCUUCACCAAGGAGGCAGCUGCUUCGCGCGUGUGAAGCAGCGCACUGAUGAAUCGAAUGGUUUUUCAUACUUACAGGAAUCCACGAGUGACACGAAGAAGCGUCCGCUUGUACGGGGCACUCUCGAUGUGGAGAAAGUGUAGCAUCAUGUUGACAGCGCACGGUUCAGUUGUUGAGUUGUUCUUUACAACAUACACAACUUGUUCGACACAUUCAUGCGUCUUGUUUGCAAUUCUAUCUCAAUUUCUACUUACUGUU